AUGAGGGUAGAGGGGCUCUCGGACAAUUCAGAAGCCAGUAGUCUGCCUUGGGGUGAGCCAACAAGAGAAACCCCUGAAAAUACGGAUCUGGAGAAUCAGACAGUGGUGAGUGAGUUUUAUUUCUCUGAUUUCCCUCAAUUUGAAAAUGGCAGCCUCUUCUACUUUAUUCCUUUGCUCCUUAUUUACAUGUUUAUUGUUGUUGGAAAUUUCAUGAUCUUCUAUGCUGUCCAGCUGGACACCCAUCUCCACGAUCCCAUGUACUACUUUAUCAGCAUCUUCUCCUUUCUGGAGAUUUGGGACACCACAGCGACCAUCCCCAAGAUGCUUUCCAACCUGAUCAGUGAACAGAAGACCAUUUCUUUCCUUGGUUGCCUCUUGCAGAUAUAUUUUUUCCACUCACUGGGGGUCUCAGAAGGCCUAAUCCUCACAGUCAUGGCCAUUGAUAGGUAUGUCGCCAUCUGCAAUCCCCUCCGCUAUGCAAUCAUUAUGACACCUCGGCUGUGCAUCCAGCUCUCCACUGGCUCUUGCAUCUGUGGCUUCCUUAUGUUACUACCAGACAUUGUGUGGAUUUCUACUCUUCCCUUCUGUGGCCCCAACCAGAUCAACCAACUCUUCUGUGACUUUGAACCUGUGCUGCGUUUGGCCUGUACAGACAUGUCUAUGAUUCUGGUUGAAGAUGUGAUCCAUGCUAUUUCCAUCCUAGCCUCUGUCUCUACCAUCACCCUUUCCUAUUUAAGAAUCAUCAUCGUGAUCCUGAGGAUUCCCUCUGGUCAGAGCCAUCAGAAGGCAUUCUCCACUUGUGCAGCCCACGUUACAAUUUUCUUGCUGUUUUUUGGCAGUGAGGCACUCAUGUACCUACGCUUCUCUGUCACCUUCCCCCCACAACUGGACAAGGCCAUUGCUUUUAUGUUUGCUGUCCUUGCCCCACUUUUCAACCCAAUAAUCUACAGUCUGAGAAAUAAAGACAUGAAAGAUGCCAUCAAGAAAAUCCUCUGUUCUCAAAAAAUGUUCAAUGUCUCUGAGAGCUAA